AUGGAGGAGGCCUCGGACGUAGAAACAGACCAGCUGGAGUCCAACUCUGACUCAUCUGAAGCACAAGGGAAACAACUGGAGGACCAUGAGACGCACAUAAAGGAAGCGGACGCCCGGAUCUUGGCUAUGGCGGAUGUCACGACGGUGACCCUGGGCAAACUCCAAUCAUUGAAGAAGUGGAAUGUGGACCUUGUCAUGAUGAUCAUGGAAGUGGUGGCGUCCAUUGCUGCUUUUGUCAGAUUCUUGCCGCUUGCCAACAGGAUAUGCAUUGAGAUGGCCGAACCUGGUGGAUUAACACAGGUGAUGGAGAGCAAAGUCACCAAGGACUAUUUAUCUGCUUGCAGUAAAGCUGGACGUAUUGAGUCUUUGAAGAGCCUGAAACAGCGUCUGCAAGACUCUGGUGACAACCUCAAAAUGAAAACCAAGAAGACCGCAGAAUCGACUGAUGCAGUGACCAAAGGUGACUGCCAGGCGGAGAGCCAGAGGACCGAGGAGGAAGCAGGGACCCAGCCCGAUGCUGCAGCCGCCCCUGCUGGACAGCAGCCAGAGCCCAAGUGUCCUGAUGACGAGACACAGGAGGGAGAGGAGAAUGAUGGAUGGAGCAUGGCCGACAUUAAAGGUACAAAGAGCUGCUUUAAAUCAGCAAAAUACACCGCUCUGACAGCCAAAACACAGUAA